CGUCGGGUCGCAUCUGCGCAUUUUCCAGCUGAGUUUCCCUCACAGGUCGAGGUUCUCGCCUGUUCCGGAUUGUCGUGUACGCGCCGACACAUCAGACCGGCAGGGAAAACGACGGGAAAGUCCUCGACUACCGUUCACAUAUCGUAAAAUAAUUAUGUACAAAACGGUGCGGAAAGGCGACGCCAGUCUGCAGUACACGAUACUGCCGCAGACGGAUCAGUUCACGUCGGGCGGAUUCCCGCAGACCUCCGGCAAGACCCAAUUGCGGGUCACCAAGUACGCGAUCGGCGCCCUGAUGGUGCUGAUCACAAUGUCCUGCGUGGCCACGCCGUUCCUGAUGCACCAGAACGAUCACAACCUCUUCGCCGACACGACGCUGGCGAUGAGCCGGGUCGAGCCGGUCAGGAACGCGUCGAGAAGCGUCCAGACGAAGGAACCCGUAGCGAGUAACAAGAACAGAGGCAGAAUCCCGAUCACGACCACGGUGUCGACGACCGAGGUCACCAAGAGGAAAGACCUCGACGACACUACGACCUCCUUCGGCGGGAUUCUACGCGGGGAGGAGGAGGAGGAGGCGAUGAUGGUGGUGGUCGACGACGCCACGUUAGCAGACGUGCCGGAAACCAACACGCAACGUCCCCCGAGCACAUCAGAAACGUCGACAAACGUUCAUCAGUCGGCAACGACUUCCUCUUCGUCGACACUGCUGCCUCCGACGACAACGACGACGAGCGCCUCCUCUUCGGCGUUCCCGACGACCUCGAGAACGUCCUCGAGCAGUACGACGAAGAGCACCACGGUCUCGAGCACAGCCAGGAAGCCGAAGAUGCCGCGAGUGACCCUGAAGCUGCGGGAAAACGAGACCAUACCGCAGAUGUUCAUGAAGGCGGGCAUAGCCUCGUACAAGAAGGGCAACAUCACCACUAGCGUUCUCGCGCACGGUUUGAGCCUCGAGGGUCUGAUAUUCAAAACGCCGGAGGGCACGAUAAAACCCUGGCCCCAGAAGUGGUUCUUCAGCGAUCCCUCGGCCGACUUCCAGUGGAAGGGCCCGAUACAAAUUCCAAUGUUGCUUUACGUCCUGUUCGCGGGACUGGCAGCUUUGGCGAGCGCUGUUGUCUUCCUGAUAUUCCACGCGCAACGUAAGGUGUCGAAACGCCAACGACGAGACAUCGAGGAACCGGAAGUCGAGGAGCACGAGGAAGACAAAUCGACCCUGCUGGGCGUGGAGAGUCAGGAGACCGAGGAGAAGGAGUAAUCUUGGUGGCGAGGAAACGGCGCAUUCGUAUGUAAGCGCGCGCGCGUCUAAGGACUUGCCUAUUUUUACCAUACACACACAUACACACACACACACACACACACAACACAACAAACGAACACAUACACAAACAGACACACAACAACUAGGUUUAGGGUCUUCCACGUCGAAGAGUUGAAGGUUGAGUACACAAGCAAGAUGCAAGAACUCUCGUUUUUUGCCGAUCGAGCCAGCUGAUUAGAGUAUACGUAGAGAUCGCGGAAUGAAAACAAACACCCCGAUAAUCUGAAAAAUCCGCGCAAAAUUUACUUCCCGCCAAAGGGCGCUCGUGGUCGCAUCGAGAUGGAUUCUCCCCGGCGAACACGACGGAUCUCCGAGCGAGGAUCUCGAGUCGCAUCGCUACAAUCAUUCCAAGCGACGCGUCUUUGUUAAGCAAUCCGACUUACAAGUUUGUUACGGUAAAUUGACGAUGGACCAGUUAAGUUUGUAGCAUCUGUGGCGCAGCCGCGGACGAUCAGAGCACAAUCACUGCGACGACGACGACGACGACGACGACGACGACGACGACGACGACGACGGUGACGUCGCCGGUCGGUCGAGUCGCGCGAAAGUUUCGUAUAAAGUUAUACGCCUGUUACAAAGAAAAAUUGCGCGAAAGUUUCGUUGUUUGUUAUAAAUGCGCAAUACUUACGACUGAGACGGAUUUGAGGAAACCGCGAGACGACGCGGAUGCACACAGCCCCGCGAAUGACGUGCGCGAGCUUACGAACCGCGCAUACAGCACGGAGGAAAAGUGUGCACCUCGCACACCGGCAAGUUAAGGAGAUCCUUCCUCUCCAAGAAGAAGGAAGAAAUUUAGAAAAUCCCUCGAUAAACGCAACAAAUAGUCUUAUCCCUUUGAGAAAACCUUUCGAAAAUUUUUCACUACGGGAGUCGAGCGACGCGCCUUAAGAUUGAUCAGUUGUUACCCCGCGAAUUUUUGCGACAAGUCGGAAGAAGUCUCUCCUUAAUUCGGCCAUCAAUUUGCUAAACUUUCUAUGAUGUACACGAUAAGGUGUUAUGUAUACACGUCGUCGACAUAUUUCUAGAGCGGCAUCUCGAAGAAGCAGCGAGCGACGCGCUUUCCGACCUACUGACGCCAAAAUCGAGCUCUACCUGCGUACAAAAAAAAAAGUAGCCGUACUGCCAGCUACGACGGACGACCAGCUUUCCAGCCCUAUUUAAUUAAAAGUGAUGUUUGACGAGCGUGCUAUCGGUUGUUGAAUCGAUAUCCGCGCUCGCGGGGCACUCGGCGAUAUCUAUCUAUCGUGCGACAAAGUGUAUCAUAUUUUGCAAAAUAUUUCCCAACGUUUCGACGACAUUGCAUCGGGAAUGCACAACGCGUACGUAUGUAACUCACGUUGAAUUAAUUCAAAUUAUCCGCCACGGUAGCGUAGUUUCAUUGUCGCUAAAUCCAUUGAAACGCAUGUUUCGCUAAAAGUACAAUACGAAGUGAUUUAUAUAAAAGCUCGGAGAGACACACACACCCGCGCACACGGACAACAAAAUCGUUUCGUGUAAUUGACUGUUUCGUCAAAGCUGUGUAUACACGCAGUGCCACGAACGUGAGUUACAUAUAUUAACGCUAUUAUGAGGAAGGAUUUAUACGCAUUCAUGCACCGCCAUCGGAAUAAAUCGCGCAUUUAUAAACACGAUAUUUCAAGUGAACGAAAAUAUUAACAUUUUCCGCGAAAUCAGCUCCGGUCAGUUUAAGCUUUGCUUUUUUUGUAUAUAUUUUUUUUUUUAUUGAUAAAACAGAACACGCACAAGAUAAAGUUGUGGCGGUACGCGUCGCGAUUAGAGCGACGUUAUUUCACGUUCUUUACGUAACGGAGAUAACGAGUUGACCCAGCACUGUUCACUGUUUGUAAGAUGAUCAGUUGUGCCAGUGGAUAUAAUUUCUCCGGUGUCCAACGUGACUUCAAUCUUUCGCCAGAUCGAUGGCGUUUCAUAUUCCGCAAAAUUAAUCUCGCACGUCUGUUAUUUUGAGCAAAUGUGCACUUGAAAUAACCUCACGGCAUACUCGAGGAGAUUCGACUAAGGUUGCUCUCCCGACGCUUCAGGAUUCGCAAUUGCAUUGUUUACCGAUAGAAAUAUAGGGGCUGUUACAUCGACAAGCGAUUAGAUGUCAGGAGCCGCUCAUCCUGUCUACGCGUUCGUGGAAUCAGCUAGCCACGCGAGACACGAAAACACUCCGGUGGUAUGAAAAAUUUGUGAUUUAGAAUCGAAGUUGUUUCUUGUCGCUGAAUUGAGAGACAGAGGUGAACGUUAGGCGGAAAGUCCCGAGCUCUGAGAAACGUUACGUGAACAAUUGCACUUACUGCUAAAUCAUCGCGUGGAUUUUACUCAAUAUCUUCGACAGUCAAAGAAGAAGAAUCAUAGUUAUGUGAUCUUACAGUUAAGCUGUCACACGGAAUAUAUGUCAUUUUAAGCGUAUCGCAUCUACACAUACAUACACGCGCACACACACACACACACACACACAACACACAACAUAUACACAUACACGUAAUUCGCACAUCGUCGUUAAGAUGGAACUCACUCAAUCCGUUGCUGAAGUGAUCACAAAUCUACUUAGGCACACUCACCAGAAACACGAGUACAAUAAACGAUAUAUUAUCACGAUCGUCACGCUCAUUUACGUUGCGUAUACACGUUUUGUAACGACAAAUCGCUCUCACGUCACGCUACAAUUAACGAGACAGGACUUUACUGUAACGCGUGGUUCGAUCCUGCAUUUAGUUCAAUGUGAUAAGAUUUUAGACGUAAUCCUUGAUUAUUGUAUGUAAUUAAGGAACGACUAAGGCAUCUCUCUCUCUCUCUCUCUCUCUCUCUCUCUCUCUCUCUCUCACUCUCACUCUCUCUUCGAUCGUCUUUACUCGUAAAUAUACCUCGAAAUAUUUAUGACAGAGAUUCCUCGGUGUUCGAUCGAUUUUGUUUACCCGUGUAAAUAUUACUUGCUCGUGAUCAAUAUUUUGACUGUCCUUGUAAAUAGCAAUUGUUUAUUUGUAAGUUAAAUAUUUGUGAGUUGGAGGUAAACUUCUAGUUUCGCAGUCUGCUUGUAUUGCCAAUUGUUUGCUCGGAAGAAUAAAGGUUGCCCGUUCCGCAUCCGUAACGUGUGUACGUAUGUUAAAGUAUAUUCCAUAGGAUUAAAUGGCGAGAUUGCUACUGGCCAAUGAAUAUCGAGGAAUUAUUAUCGAUUUGAUACGCUAAGCGACCCUCUCCGCAAGAAAGGAAGCGCAUCAGUUAUGAUUAUCGUGUUGCGGAACGACUAAGAAGACGAGAAAUCUGAGGGUCACCUAUCUGUGUACGGAAUAUUUAAGGGAUAGUUAAGGAUAUAAAAUUCGAAUCGUAUACCAAAUUAACCAUUUGUGACUUUUCGUGUAUUAAACUUAAACUCUUAUGGUAUCUACGUGAAUCUACCGCGAAAUUCGUCGGAGAUACUCCGAGAGGCUCAUAACCCGCGAAAUAAUUUCUAAGGCAUCUAAUGGGCGAUAAAGACCAUUAAGAAAAAAAAAAAAAAAAAAGAGAGAAACCGCGAUAAACU